AGCAGAGGGCGUCGCCUCGAGCGGGGCCGUUGGGCUGUGUGGAGCGUAGCGGCUCCCUCCCACGCAGUGUGCUCAGACAGGCCAGAAACUCGCUCGUCAUGUCUGCUGCAGAGGAGGGGGGUGUUUUCCGCAGAGCCCGGGGCAGGACUCUGGACGCGUUUCCCGAAGAAAAGGAAAGAGAAUGGAAAGGACCGUUCUAUUUCAUCCAAGGUGCAGACCCACAGUUUGGACUGAUGAAGGCCUGGGCCACCGGGGACUGUGACCACGGCGGUGACGAAUGGGAACAGGAGAUCCGUCUCACUGAGCAGGCUGUCCAGGCCAUCAACAAACUGAUCCCCAAACCCAAAUUCUUUGUUCUGUGUGGCGACCUCAUCCAUGCCAUGCCAGGGACGCCCUGGCGGAAGGAGCAGACGGAGGACUUGCAGCGGGUGCUCAGGGCGGUCAACAAGGAGAUCCCACUGGUCUUCGUCAGCGGCAACCACGACGUGGGCAACGUCCCCACGGCUGAGACCAUCGAGGAAUUCUGCCAGACUUGGGGAGACGACUAUUUCAGCUUCUGGGUCGGAGGCGUCCUGUUUCUGGUCCUCAACUCCCAGUUCUUGUUCGAUGCCUCCAGGUGCCCUGCCCUGAAGGAGGCCCAGGAUCAAUGGUUGGACCAGCAGCUGAGCAUCGCAGGGCAGCAGAGGUGCCAGCAUGCCAUCGUCUUCCAGCACAUCCCGCUGUUCCUGCAGAACAUUGAUGAGGAUGACGACUACUUCAACCUUACCAAGUCCAUUCGGAAGGAGAUGGCAGACAAGUUCACCAAAGCAGGUAUCAAAGCUGUGUUCUCAGGCCACUACCACAGGAAUGCUGGGGGCACCUACCAGAACCUCGACAUGGUGGUGUCGUCUGCCAUCGGGUGCCAGUUGGGCAAAGACACCCAUGGACUCCGAGUGGUGGUGGUCACUGCAGAGAAAAUUGUGCAUCGAUACUACAGUUUAGAUGAGCUGAGUGAAAAAGGAAUAGAAGACAAGCUACUGGAUUUGAUGAAGAAAAAAUGAUUGCCUUUUAUAAUCUAUGCUCUUUUCACUUCCACUAUUUUUUAUUUUGCCAGAAACAGCAGCUGCACACAGCCCCUUGUGGAAAUGUAAAAGCAGACCCAGCAGGUUUGUGAAUUUAUGUCCUUUUGCAUAAAUCAGAGAGCUGGGUCCUAUCCUAAAUGAUAUUCAAAAUAGAACUUCUUCCCUUUAAAAAAGGAGAGAGGGAACCUGGAAAUAAUUUUUUUUUAAAUGGUAUUAGACUCUCUCUGCAUGGAUGUUUGAAUAAAUUUUCCUAAUGCAGUGUUUCUCAGUGCUGCUUUUGAAUUAGAUUGUUUUCUGGUAGUGCGUGAUCCACGUCCACCUAUCGACCUUCAUCCCAACUUGAUAUCCAAGUGUGAGCUUUGAUAAUUCCUUGAACAAACUGCAUCUGAUUAUAUUAAAUUGUGGUCAUGACUCCCAAAAUGCAAAGCAAAACAAAGGUCAUUUCUGUUCCUUCCUAAAAAAACAAAUAGCUCUCCCUCCCAUUACCAGAGCCACACAGACUUAUUGUAACAAGGAUCCAAGUAGCCAACAUUUGCUGUUAAAUUCUGACAUUUCUAUUACUGCUGAUGAUAGGAACAGAACACAGUUGAUACCAGUCAGACUUCCUUUUUUUUUUUUUUUUUUUCCCUCCUGGUGCCUAGAAAAGUCACCUUUGCACAU